GAGCGAUUUGAGCUUGCGCACUUCCCCAGUACGAGGAGGAAGCCCACGCGCGACCCGGAAGGCUUUCUUGCCACACUCCAGAUCCUGUGUGAGGGACUUCGAUGGCGGAGGGACUGGUGGAGGCUCCCGCCGAUAGUGGUGCUGAAGGAGACUCGGGAGUGAGCGUGUUGGAACGGGGAGUGGCGCCCAUUAAGCCUCAAUUCCUCACCACCAGGGAACACUUCCACAGGUUCCUGGAAGGCAAAGGGCAGGAGAAGCUCUGCCAGGAAACUGAGGCAGGAGACCCGGAUGGCAAGGACGUGCCUGAGCCUGAGGCCAAGAGGAUCCGAUUGGAGGAUGGGCAGACGCAGGAGGCAGCGGAGGCUGGGGAGCAACCACAAGCACAGAAGAGAGCGCGGGGCCAGAACAAGGGCCGGCCCCACAUGAAGCCUGCGCAGUAUGACAAGAACCGGCUGUGCCCUUCCUUGAUACAGCCCCCUUGUCCCCCACAGGAGCCGCCUGCGCAGUGUCUCUUUGGGGACCGCUGCCGCUUCCUGCACGACGUGGGCCGGUACCUGGAGAGCAAGCCGCCCGACCUGGGCGCCCGCUGCGCGCUCUUCGAGGCCUUUGGCCGGUGCCCCUAUGGCGUGACCUGCCGCUUCGCCGGUGCCCACCUGGGGCCUGAGGGCCAGAACCUGGUGGCUGAGGAGCUGCUGGCCCGCAGGGCCCACCUGCCGCCCGUGCGCAAUGCUCUGGACAAGGCCCUGCAGCGGCAGCUGCGCAAACGCCAGGUCCACUUCGAGCGCGCAGAGCAGGCCCUGCGCAGCCUCAGCCAGGGCCCCGCGCCGGCUGCCGCUGUCGCCGAGCCCACGACCCCUGAGGGUGACCCGGGGCACAACCACCGUGCUGCCCAGCUGGACCCUGUGGGGCCGGGGACCGGCACCCCGCCCAGCAGCCCUGUGCGGACCUGCGGGCCCCUGACAGAUGAGGACACGGUCAGGCUGCGGCCCUGCGAGAAGAAGCGGCUGGACCUCAGCGACAAACUGUACCUGGCCCCUCUCACAACGUGUGGGAACCUCCCCUUCCGGCGGAUCUGCAAGCGCUUCGGAGCGGAUGUGACGUGUGGGGAGAUGGCCAUGUGCACCAACCUGCUGCAGGGCCAGACGUCCGAGUGGGCCCUGCUCAGACGCCACCCGUGUGAGGACAUCUUCGGAGUCCAGCUAGAAGGCGGCUUCCCAGACACCAUGACCAAGUGCGCGGAGCUGCUGAACCGCACCAUCGAGGUGGACUUCGUGGACAUCAACGUCGGCUGCCCCAUCGAUCUCGUGUACAAGAAGGUAGCCGCCGCAGGCCCUGGGGCGCAGCCUUGCACCCGGCCAUGCUGGCUCACGCCUCAGUUUCCCUGUCCUGGCAGUAAGGGGACCGAGCCAGCUGGUGACGUGGCGGGGUGGCGGUUUGGGAAGGUCAGCCUUUCCCCCCCACGGUGGCAUCUGUGGGCACAUGGGGCCGGGGGUGGUGGAGGGGUGCCAGGCCCACCGCGCUCCACCUGCGCUUCUCACCCAGGGUGGGGGCUGUGCCCUCAUGAACCGCCCCGCCAAGUUCCAGCAGAUCGUUCGUGGCAUGAGCCAGGUGCUGGACGUGCCGCUGACCGUGAAGAUCCGCACGGGCGUCCAGGAGCACGUGAACCUGGCCCACCGCCUGCUGCCCGAGCUGCGGGCCUGGGGCGCCGCCCUCGUCACGCCCGCCCCUCCCCACCUCUCCCUCUCCGCCUCGCCCCUGCGGCCUCCCCCCAGCUCCACGGCCGCUCCCGGGAGCAGCGCUACACCAAGCUGGCUGACUGGCAGUACAUCCGGCAGUGCGUGGAGGUGGCCAGCCCCAUGCCGCUCUUCGGGAAUGGGGACAUCUUGUCAUAUGAGGAUGCCAACCGCGCCAAGCAGACCGGAGUUGCCGGGAUCAUGAUUGCCCGCGGCGCCCUGCUGAAGCCCUGGCUGUUCACGGAGAUCAAGGAGCAGAGGCACUGGGACAUCUCGUCCUCCGAGCGCCUGGACAUCCUGCGGGACUUCACACGCUACGGCCUGGAGCACUGGGGCUCUGACACGCAGGGCGUGGAGAAGACGCGGCGCUUCCUGCUGGAGUGGCUGUCCUUCCUCUGCAGGUACGUGCCGGUCGGCCUGCUGGAGCUGCUGCCGCAGCGCAUCAACGAGCGUCCGCCCUACUACCUGGGCCGCGACUACCUGGAGACGCUCAUGGCCAGCCAGCAGGCAGCUGACUGGAUCCGCAUCAGUGAGAUGCUGCUGGGCCCGGUGCCGCCCAACUUCGCCUUCCUGCCGAAGCACAAGGCCAAUGCCUACAAGUAGCUGCCACCCAGCACCGGCCGGUUUAGGGGACAACAGACUUUCUGCUCGUUGGUUUUUGGGGCAGAGGCUUUGCCUUUUGAGACAGGGUCUGGCUAUGUAGGCCAGACUGGCCUGGAACUGUGCAGCCAGGCUGCGCCCGAUGUGCAGCUCAAGGCGAUCCUCCUGCCUCAGCCUCCUCGAUGCUGGCAUCACAGCCAUGUGCCA